AUGUUGAUCCUUGCUGGUUUGCUUUUGUGGGUUAUAGCCCUUGGAAUGCAGGUCGUUCCUACUAGCGGCCUUAGAUUCAACUUUUCGGAGGUUCAGCAGUGCCAACAGUUCACCGUUUCUUUCGCUGGGUCCAACCUCCCGAACACCAGUAUCCCGGCGUCUCUAUCGUUUCUCCCGAUAAACUCCACUGCAUUAUCUGUUCAACUGCCUAACCCCUCUCUUGUCUCUAAUGGCAUUCUACUUUCAGCCGUUCCUUUCCCCGCAGGUUCCAAUUUUCUUACUUCUCUUGACGAUGCAACUGGGGAGAACCUCAUUUUUGUAUCUGACCUUAUUCGAGUAUUGCCUUCAACGGAAAAGGAAAGCAACUCUUGUCUUCCAGUGGGCAAUUCAGAUGCACCGAGGAGGUUUACAAUAUCUAGCGAAGUUACACAAUGCGAGGAGUUGACGAUCAAUUACGACACCUCUGUUGUUUCCAAAGCCCCUAUCGUUCGCCUUUUCAACCCUAAAGGUCCUUCGCGACUCCUAAACAUGACCUCGGAUGACAAUACCCACGGUUCCGCAAAGUACCUCAUGAAUUUUUCUCGAGGGAAGGAGAUCUUGCUACUCAUGGAGGGGGGUGGUUUCCGAGAAACAUCUGCCAUCAUCACCAUUGGAGGUGACGCCGCCAGCAGUUCUGCUUGUCUGCGGAGACCGAUCAAUAUGUCCAAGGUCGGCAGCUCCAAUGGCGAUGGAAACGAAGAGAAGUCGGAGUCUUCGCCAAUACCAUCAAAAGCUAUAAUCAUAGGCAGCGCCAUUGGAGGGAGUGUUGUUGCAUUAGUUGCACUCUCAAUAAUCAUUUUCAUAAUUCGGGAUCGUCAACGACGCAGGAAAAUGAUAGCAGCGGACGUAGAAACUUCGCAGUGGAAAAAAAAAAUAUCGGAGGAAUGGAAGACGCAGCAAAUAUCCAACUCCAAAAGAAAUUCACCUAUCCAGGGAGGAAUUGUUGCUAAUCCGAUCUAUGCGGUCCACUCGUCUUUCUUGUCGCCGACCAAUUCCAAAUUCCAAAGAAUUAGCAGUGAUUCUUGGGUGCAGGUUGCAUCGGUAGAUCGUCGGCUCCCUGAGUCUAAUCAACAUGGUUCACCUCAACCAUCGUCACGAAUAUUGGUUCAAUCACCACGAUCAGAGGACCGCGUUUCGUUACAAUCUCUAGACAUUGAAGGGAUGUUGAACAUGGCAACUCUUCAAUCUGAGAACAACCAGAGCAGGAAAAAUUCGGUCGGCACAGUUCAGCUCCUAUCCAACCUUCCCUCUUCUCCAUCUCUAGCAGUUCCAGUGCCGACAUACCUUUCGACGGAAACUUCAAGUUUUCACAGGCGAGAUCCUUCAGAUGUCCCAGCAGGGCCGGUUUCAAUGUCAUUUUCAGGCUACUCAGUAAAUCCAUUCGACCCAGAACGAAAUUCCGUCACGCCUCCUGGCCUGGAAAAUACUUUACGUUCCAGUAGACCUAUUGGUGGCGUUGGUCUUCCAGGUAAUCCUCGAGAUGUAGGAAAGUCAAGCAAGGGCCGUGCAGCAUCUACAUAUAGUGGUAGAAGCAGCUCGGAUUGGUAUGGAAUUGCCCGGUAG